GAUUUCAAGAUCCAACGGAAAGCAAAAAUAAAUGAUUCCAAAACAAAAAAAGUUAAAGAACUCGUGUUUUGCAAUAUUUGCGGAAAAACAGUAAGAAAAACUAAACUUUUGCGACAUUCUUGUACACGAAGUAUUGAAGUUUUUCUCUGCAAAUCAUGUCCUCGAACCUUCAGACAUCGCAGCACUUUGAUUCAACAUGAACAUAUACACGAAAGUAAUAGAGAGCGAAAAUUUGCUUGUGGGGAGUGCGGUAAGAAAUUCUUUACGCAAACGGCACGCAAAAAUCAUUUGAAGACGCACGACCCUAGUCGAAAACCGUUAUUUCAUUGCAACGAUUGUGGGCAAUCGUUUUUGUUUAAAGGUAAUCUGUUUGUACACCAACAGAAACAUGCAGGCCAAACGAUACAGUGCAAGUAUUGUCAGAAGCGUUACGUUCGUUCUAUUGAUCUUGAAGUGCAUUUACGAAGCCACACGGGUGAUACGCCAUUUAAAUGCGAUAAAUGCGAAAAAGCCUUUACAAAAAUGUCCACACUGCGAAAGCAUUCACAAUUACAUGAGGGACUACAGUGGAAGUGUGAGGACUGCGGGAAGGAAUAUUCAUAUGAAUGGACACUACAAAGACACCGUCUAGAACAUACAGGGUUGCCGUUAAGAUGUUCAAUUUGUGAAAAAGAAUUCCCCGAAAUGUACAAAGUACGCCGACAUAUUAAGAACGUGCACAAGAUUAAUUUGCCCGAAAUAGAAAACUUCGUUGUAUCGCUCAAAGGGAAAAGGAAGAAUGGAAAUGUAACCCAACAUUCUACUGAGAAAGCGGGAGAGCUUGCAUAUAAAACUGCAAUGAGUUUGGCUAUGGCAAAUAUAUGUCGGGCGUGUUUAUGUAAAAAGCAGUUUAAAGAGCUUUAUGAUUGGUAUAUGCCGAUGGACGACAUCAAUGAACCACUAACGUUAAUGGAAUGCUUUCAAUUAUGUACACAACUGGAUGUAAAUAAGACGUCACCAAAAUCCCAAAUGAAGAUGCAUUACUUAUGCAAGGACUGUGUACAUGAGCUAAUAAAUGCAUUCAGAUUCAUAAGAAAAGCACAAAAGUCUGAUCAGGAGCUAUGUAGAUAUGACACUGGAUGUAAGCAUCAAUCAGAACGUUUCGAGUGGAUAAAUAUGCAAGAGUACGAUGAUUCCAAUUGUUGCGAAUCUGAGCAAGUAUCACAUGAAGAGCAUUUAGCUAUUGAAUACUUAAUUGAAGAACAAAGAGAAGCUCACGAUUUAGACACUUUGAAUAGUUCCCCCGAAAAUCGGCAGUCCACAAACAACAACAACUCGGAGAAUUAUUUACUCACGGAAAUGGAAGAAACAGAAUUAUGGCAUUUAAAGAAUUCCAAGAAGAAUGUAUGUUUAGAGGAACGCCUCAAAUAUAAACCCAACAGCAUCGAUGAUCCGGAAAAGGAAUUAUCACGAAUGGCUCCAGAAAUAGCGUCUACCUUUGAAGAUGCAGUUGGAAUGAAGAGGCACGAACAGACCCAUCAGGCGAAUAGAAAGAGGUCUAUAAGUUGCAACGAGUGCCAGCGAAAAUUUUUUACUCAAAAUGCAUACAAAACCCAUAUUAAAACUCAUGAAGAAAACCGGAAACCCCAAUUCAAAUGUGACCAGUGCGAAAAAUCUUUCUUUUACAAAGGCGGUCUAAAGCUUCAUAGACAAUGCCAUACUGGGCUUUCGUUGAAAUGUAAAGUUUGUUCAAAGCAGUAUCCGCGGCCUGUUGAUCUUGAAAUCCAUCUAAGAAGUCAUUCUGGCGAACUACCAUACAAGUGUCCGAAAUGCAAUAAAUGUUUCAAGUAUGUUCAUGUUUUGAAUAAGCACGUCCGGCAUCAUGAAGGUCAUCGUUAUAAAUGCAACUUGUGUGGAAAAGAGUACGCUCAUCAAUCAACAAUGCUACAGCAUCGUAAAGAGCACACAGGCUUACCGUUGCGAUGCUCUAUAUGCGACAAGGGAUUUGUAAAAAAAUCAAAGAUGCGACGCCAUAUCGGCGGUGUUCAUAAAGUGACGGAUGUCGAGGAAAUCGAUCAGCUUAUUGUAAAAGUAAAAACAAAAAGCAUUUACCGGGGACGUGUAACAGAGAUAUAAUCAUUAAUAAUAAGAUAAGAUAUAAUCAUAAAAAAC